AUGCCCCAUUAUUUAAAACAACAUCUCUCUUUUAUUUUUUCCCCUAUCACAUUAUUCCUCUUUUCAAUGAAUACAUGGUUUUUUCCCUCAAUUCCUUUUCUCUCUCCCCCAUCACAUUAUUCCCUCCUCUCCCCCCCCAUCAGAUUUUUCCCGCUCUCUAGUCAUCGAAAUCCCUCUCAUCUAUCCAUUAUUCCCUUUUCUGUAUCAUUAUUCCUCUCUAUCUAUCUAUCCCUUUAUCUAUCUAUCUAUCUUUUCCUAUCUAUCUAUCUAUCUAUCAUUAUCUCUCUCUCUCCCUCUAUCACAUUAUUCCCUUCCCUCUCUCCCUCUAUUCCUCUCUCUAUCUAUCUAUCUAUCCAUCUAUCUAUCUCUGUUCUAUUUUGUUCCCUGUAUCUAUCUCCAGUCUGUUCUAUCUAUCUAUCUAUCUAUCUAUCUAUUAUCUAUCUAUUUGAAUAUCUAUCUAUCUAUCUAUCUAUCUAUCUAUCUAUCUAUCUAUCUUAUUCUUAUUCUAUUAUCUAUAUCUAUCUAUCUAUCUUAUUCUUUGAAUAUCUAUCUAUCUAUCUAUCUUAUUCUUUGAAUAUCUAUCUAUCUAUCUAUCUAUCUAUCCCAGUCUCUUCAUUCUAUCUAUCUAUCUAUCUAGACUGA